GUCAUGGGAUGUGAAUGAAAUGAAGUAGUUCAAGGGUAUUGACGAAAAUAUCUCAAUAAAUUAACCGACUAUUACCAGUAUAAAUAUGCAUACGAGGUAUGCUGUUUCGUGCCCAACAGUAUCUGCAAGCACAGUGGCAGAAUCAGCUUUAGCUUAGAAAAAGCAAGCUCGUUUAACUCUAUUAUGGCCACUGGAAAAGAUAAGAAACUUAUCACUAUUCUUAGCAUUGAUGGUGGAGGAGUCAGAGGUAUUAUACCAGCCACCAUUCUCAAAUUUCUCGAAACUGAGCUCCAGAGAAUAGAUAAAAACCAAGAUGCUAGGAUUGCAGACUACUUCGACUUCAUUGCAGGAACAAGCACAGGAGGCCUGAUAACCGCCAUGCUUACCGCACCAAAUAAUGAAAAGCGACCUCUGUUUGCUGCAAAAGAUAUUCGCGAUUUCUAUCUAGAGAACUGCAAAUUCAUCUUUCCUAGUAAUAAAGAUUCGGUAGCGGCCAACAAGAAUCUCAUCCUUCAGUGGCCGUCGUGGAUGCCCUCUGUGGGCGAUGCGCUUGACUGGAUACAAGGUACUCUGAAAAACGUGGGGAAUUAUAUUGCACAGGUACUCUACCAACCGAAAUAUGAUGGUGAAGACCUGCACAAGAAAAUCAGAGAAAUGAUGAACGAGAAAAGGAUUCAUGAGACCUUAACCAAUGUGAUAAUUCCAACUUUUGAUAUCAAGCGUCUUCAGCCUGUCAGCUUCACCACCUUAAAGGCAAAACUUGAUGAUUCCAAGGAUGCUUUGCUAUCAGAUGUCUGCAUUGCCACAUCUGCAGCACCUUAUUACUUUCCUCCUCACUAUUUUAAGACCAAGUCAUCAAAAGGAAAUACUGAGGAUUUCCACCUCGUUGAUGGAGGUGUUGCGGCCAAUAAUCCGACCUUAUUAGCAAUUUGUGAGUUGAUGAGAGAGGAGGUUCGAGAUAACAGUUCUUCAUGCUUGAACAACAUAGAUCCUACUAAGUUUCUUAUCCUUUCUAUUGGAACUGGAUCAUGUAAGAGGAGUAACAAGUUGGAGGUUGGAGAAGCAAAAGAAUGGGGACUUGUAAAAUGGUUCAUGGGAUCAUAUAAAACCACCCCUUUAAUGGAUGUUUUCACCACUGCAAUGGAUGAUAUGGUUGACAUCUACACGUCUUUAUUCUAUGGAAUCUGUGGCUUCAAGGAAAACUAUCUUAGGAUCCAGGAUGAUAGCCUGAGUCUUACGGAGGCUUCAAUGGACAACUCAAGUAAAGAUAACCUUGAGAAACUUAAGGAUAUUGCUGAUAAGCUCCUGGAUAAACCUGUUACAGAAAUAAACUAUGAUAGUGGUUUAUAUGAACCGGUUAAUGGCAAAGGCACAAAUAAGGAAGCACUUGUCAGGUUUGCUGUAAGAUUGUCAAAAGAAAGGAUUAAGAAGCCUGAUGCCUAGCUUAUCUCCAUGGCUGAUAUGAUGUUUGCUUAAAAUAAUGUUAUUCGAAGUUCAUAAUUGUUCAAUGUCUAAAUUUCUGCUCUUUAGUUUCACCGUCAGUAAAUAAAUAAUUAUAACUGGUAUGCCAAGUACUUUCUAAGUGACUGAAGUUAGCAGUUCAAUAUCAGUUGUGAAAGAUGAAUGUAGAUGUUUCUUCAGAAAUUAUAUGAAAAUAAACUAUGGUAUUCUGUAACUUGAUUUUGCUUC